AAGAGACAUUGGAAGGUUAUCUUCAUGAAAAACCCAGUCUCGCAAGACUCUGCCGACGGUCCACAUUCAGUUCACUCUUCUAUUUUCCCCUAGAGAAAUAGUAAUGUAAUCUGCCUAUAUAUUCGCACACAUGGUACCUUCCUUUCUUAUUUCAUUUCUCACGUUAACCUUAGCUUGCUGCGUUUGCUUUACCUUGAUCACAAAGCUUGCUUCGAAGUUCAACUCCAAUGGCGCCAAAUAGAGAGACCCCCAUCGGAUCGUACCCUAAAGCUAACGACGACAUCCGGGACAACCCUCCGAGGCUUUCCAUGGAGACCCUUCAGAGAUCUGUCUCUGACAUCACCUCCGAGCUUAGCAAAGAAGCCAUCCGCGGAGCCGACGGUGAGGCGAGGCCACCGCUGCUGCCGAUCUAUGAGCUGGAAGAUGCCAAAUGCGAGUGCUGUGGGAUGUGCGAGGAGUGCACGCCGGAGUACGCGAGCCGCGUCCGUGAGAAGUUCUCAGGGAAGCUGGUGUGCGGGCUGUGCGCGGAGGCGGUGCGCGUGGAGAUGGAGAGGAAUGGGGGGAAGAGUUGGGAGGAGGCGCUCAACGCACACAUGAACGCAUGCAUGCGGUUCAACCGACUCGGGCGGGCGUACCCGGUGCUCUACCAAGCGGAGGCCAUGAGGGAGAUCUUGAAGAAGAGCUCCAGUGUUGGCGGUUCUAGGGCCAACUCCGUUAGCCCCAGAGGCAAAGGCACACCGAAGAAAGCGGCCAUCGCGAGGAGCUCGAGCUGCAUUCCGGCUAUCACGAGAGAAACUACGACAGAACGACGGUCAAUUGAAGCGGGCCAAAUACUCACGUAGAUCAGGUUCAUCGUUGAUGAGCCUGAUACCAUAGCGAAUAUGAUAGUAGGCCUCGCCAUGGAUCUAUAUAUCGCAUGCAUCGGUCUAUAUAUACAAGCCUCAUCUUUGAUUGAAGAAUGUUAGAGAUGUUUAGAUAUCUUCUAGAGAUAUUUAAGAUAUUUCCUCUGAUUUUCUGUAUCUUUUAACAAAGAAGUUGGGCGAGUUCAAUUAGGAGAGACGAGGGUUAUGAUCGAUGGUUAGUCAUGUGUGCGCGACCAAUAUAUUUUAGGAUCUUAUACAUCCACGGAUGUAUAUAAUUACUUAAAAAGGGUCGCUUCAGUUGCAGAAGCGCAAGCGGAUUCAAGCA